GGCCGGCGGGGGCUGUCUCCUUCCCCUACCCAGCAGCUGCGGCUCAUUCGGCUCACAAGCUCUGGCCAGGGGAGCGGGCGGCAGCGACUGCGGCUCCUGAGAAGUGGGUCUGCUCGGGGCCGCCGCAAUGCCUGGAGCCGCCGGGGUCCUCCUGGUCCUGCUGCUCAGCGGAGGCCUCGGGGGCGGCCAGGCGCAGCGCCAGCAGCAGCGCCAGCAGCAGCAGCGGCGGCAGCCACCGGCGCAUCAGCAAAGAGGUUUAUUCCCUGCUGUCCUGAAUCUUGCUUCCAAUGCUCUCAUCACCACAAAUGCAACAUGUGGAGAAAAAGGACCUGAAAUGUAUUGCAAAUUGGUAGAGCACGUCCCUGGGCAGCCCGUGAGGAACCCUCAAUGUCGGAUCUGCCAUCAAAACAGCAGCAAUCCACACCUGAGACACCCGAUUACAAAUGCUAUUGAUGGAAAGAACACUUGGUGGCAGAGUCCCAGUAUUAAGAAUGGAAUCGAAUACCAUUAUGUGACAAUUACACUGGAUUUACAGCAGGUGUUCCAGAUUGCGUAUGUGAUUGUGAAAGCAGCUAAUUCCCCUCGGCCUGGAAACUGGAUUUUGGAACGCUCACUUGAUGAUGUUGAUUAUAAGCCCUGGCAGUAUCAUGCUGUGACGGACACAGAGUGCCUAACCCUCUACAAUAUUUAUCCCCGCACUGGACCACCAUCAUACGCCAAAGACGAUGAGGUCAUCUGCACUUCAUUUUAUUCCAAGAUACACCCCUUAGAAAACGGAGAGAUUCACAUCUCUUUGAUCAAUGGGAGACCGAGUGCUGAUGAUCCGUCUCCUGAACUGCUAGAAUUUACCUCCGCCCGCUACAUUCGCCUGAGAUUUCAGAGGAUCCGCACCUUGAAUGCCGAUUUGAUGAUGUUUGCUCACAAAGACCCAAGAGAAAUUGACCCCAUUGUCACACGAAGAUAUUACUACUCGGUCAAGGAUAUUUCGGUUGGAGGGAUGUGCAUCUGCUAUGGUCAUGCCAGGGCUUGUCCACUUGAUCCAGUGACAAAUAAAUCCCGCUGUGAAUGUGAGCAUAACACGUGUGGUGAUAGCUGUGAUCAGUGCUGUCCUGGAUUUCAUCAGAAACCGUGGAGAGCAGGCACUUUUCUGACCAAAACUGAAUGUGAAGCCUGCAAUUGUCAUGGGAAAGCUGAAGAAUGCUAUUAUGAUGAAAAUGUUGCCAGAAGAAAUCUGAGUUUAAAUAUACAUGGAAAGUACAUUGGAGGGGGUGUGUGCAUUAAUUGUACUCGAAACACUGCUGGUAUAAAUUGUGAGACAUGCAUUGAUGGUUUCUUCAGACCCAAAGGGAUAUCUCCAAAUUAUCCAAGACCAUGCCAGCCAUGCCAUUGUGACCCAGUUGGUUCCUUAAAUGAAGUCUGUGUCAAGGAUGAAAAACGUGCUCAACGAGGUCUGGCACCUGGGUCCUGUCAUUGCAAACCUGGCUUCAGAGGGGUGAGCUGUGAUCGGUGUGCCAGGGGCUACACUGGCUACCCAGACUGCAAACCCUGUAACUGCAGUGGUGCAGGGAGCACAAAUGAGGACCCUUGUUUUGGAUCCUGUAACUGCAAGGAAAAUGUCGAAGGAGGAGACUGUAGUCGCUGCAAAUUCGGCUUCUUCAAUUUGCAAGAGGAUAAUCAUAAAGGUUGUGAUGAGUGUUUCUGUUCAGGGGUUUCAGACAGAUGUCAGAGCUCCUACUGGACCUAUGGCAAUAUACAAGACAUGAGUGGCUGGUAUCUGACUGACAUCUCUGGCCACAUUCGAGUGACUCCGCAGCAGGAUGACUUAGAUCCACAUCAGCAGAUCAGCAUCAGCAGCGUGGAGGCCCGACGAGCUCUGCCCCAGAGCUACUACUGGAGCGCGCCAGCUCUGUAUCUGGGAAACAAACUCACAGCAGUUGGAGGACAAUUGACAUUUACUAUAUCAUACGACCUCGAAGAAGAGGAGGAAGAUACAGAACACAUACUCCAGCUUAUGAUUAUCUUAGAGGGAAAUGACUUGAGAAUCAGCACAGCCCACGAUGAGGUAUAUCUGCAACCAUCUGAAGAACAUAUUAAUGUGUUGUCACUUAAAGAAGAUUUAUUUACCAUACAUGGCACAAAUUUCCCAGUCAGUAGGAAAGAGUUUAUGACUGUGCUUGCGAAUUUAAAGAGAGUCCUUAUACAAAUCACAUACAGCCUUGGGAUGGAUGCCAUCUUCAGGCUGAGCUCUGUUGGCCUUGAAUCUGCUGUCCCCUAUCCUACUGACAGAAGCAUUGCAGCAGCUGUGGAAGUUUGUCAAUGUCCAUCAGGGUAUACUGGCUCCUCCUGUGAAAAGAGACAUCAAGCUAAUGCUUCUUCUAAUCUCAUACCUGCCAAUAAUACUAAGUCUUGUUGGCCUAGGCACAGACGAGUUAACGGCACUAUUUUUGGUGGCAUCUGUGAACCCUGUCAGUGCUUUGGUCACGCGGAAUCCUGUGAUGAUAUCACUGGAGAAUGCCUGAACUGUAAGGAUCACACUGGUGGCCUGUAUUGCAAUAAAUGUCUUCCUGGUUUCUAUGGUGAUGCUACUAAAGGAACCUCUGAUGACUGUCAGCCCUGUGCCUGUCCACUCAAUAUCCCAUCCAAUAACUUUAGCCCGACGUGCCAUUUGGACCGAAGUCUUGGCUUGAUCUGUGACGAAUGCCCUGUCGGGUACACAGGACCACACUGUGAGAGGUGUGCAGAAGGCUAUUUUGGACAACCUUCUCUACCUGGAGGAUCAUGUCAGCCAUGCCAAUGCAAUGACAACCUUGACUUCUCCAUGCCUGGCAGCUGUGACAGCUUCUCUGGCUCCUGUCUGAUAUGUAAGCCAGGUACAACAGGCCGGUAUUGUGAGCUUUGUGCUGAUGGAUAUUUUGGAGAUGCAGUUGAUGCAAAGAACUGUCAGCCUUGCCACUGUAAUGCCAACGGCUCCUUCUCUGAGGUUUGCCAUGCUCAGACGGGGCAGUGUGAAUGCAAACCUAACGUGCAGGGGAGGCAGUGUGAUGAAUGUAAGCCCACUAUGUGGUGGGACCCAGAGAAGCGAUUCUGUGUGUCCUGUGGCUGCAAUCCCAUUGGCUCUGUGACAGCACAGUGUGAUAUCACAGGAAGAUGUGUCUGUAAAUCAGGCUUCGUAGGGAAACAGUGCAACCUCAGCAGGCAGGUGCACCGACAGAAGGAGCAGCCACAGAGAGCGCAGCCAGUGCUGGGGUCUCCCCAGAGGUGGGGUGUCAGCAGCUCCAGCGGAUGUCCUCGGGGAGCCUAUCGACCCACAGCUCCGCCUGAAACCUUUGGCCUCCAAUCAGCAAGGGGGUGUAUUCCCUGCAACUGCAAUUCCUUUGGGUCUAAAUCAUUUGACUGCGAGGAGAGUGGUCAAUGUUGGUGCCAGCCCGGAGUAACAGGAAAGAAAUGUGAUCGCUGUGCCCACGGCUAUUUCAACUUUCAAGAAGGAGGAUGCACAGCUUGUGACUGUUCCCAUCUGGGUAAUAAUUGUGACCCAAAGACUGGUCGAUGCAUUUGCCCACCCAAUACCAUUGGAGAGAAAUGUUCUAAAUGUGUACCUAAUACCUGGGGCCACAGCAUUACCACUGGUUGUAAGCCUUGUAACUGCAGCUCAGUGGGAUCCUUGGAUUUCCAAUGCAAUAUAAACACGGGGCAAUGCAACUGUCGCCCCAAAUUCUCUGGUGCAAAAUGUACAGAGUGCAAUCAAGGCCAGUGGAACUACCCUCACUGCAAUCCCUGUGACUGCUUCCUGCCAGGGACUGAUGACUCAACCUGUGAUUUAGAGACUAAAAAAUGCUCCUGUAUCGAUAAGACUGGGCAGUGUACUUGUAAGGUGAAUGUGGAAGGCGUCCGCUGUGACAGGUGCCGGCCUGGCAAAUUCGGACUUGAGGCCAAGAACCCACUUGGCUGCAGCAGCUGCUAUUGCUUCGGCGCCACUACUCAGUGCUCUGAAGCAAAAGGCCUGAUCCAUACGUGGGUGACUCUGAAGCCUGAGCAGACCAUUCUGCCCCUGGUGGAUGAGGCGCUGCAGCACACAACUACCAGAGGCAUCAUUUUUCAACAUCCAGAGAUUGUUGCAAACAUGGAUCUGGUGAGACAAGAUCUCCAUUUGGAACCUUUUUAUUGGAAACUUCCAGAACAAUUUGAAGGAAAGAAGUUGAUGGCCUAUGGUGGCAAACUCAAGUACACAAUCUAUUUUGAGGCCCGGGAAGAGACAGGUUUCUCUACAUAUAACCCACAAGUUAUCAUUCGAGGUGGGACUCCUAGUCAUGCGAGAAUUAUCAUCAGGCAUAUGGCUGCUCCUCUAAUUGGCCAGUUGACAAGGCAUGAAAUUGAAAUGACAGAGAAAAAAUGGAAAUAUUAUGGUGAUGAUCCUCGAAUUAGUAGAACUGUGACCCGUGAAGACUUCUUGGAUGUACUAUAUGAUAUCCAUUAUAUUCUUAUCAAGGCUACCUAUGGAAAUAUCAUGAGACAAAGCAGGAUUUCUGAAAUCUCAAUGGAGGUAGCUGAACAAGGACGCAUCACAGCAAUGACUCCUCCAGCUCACUUGAUAGAAAGAUGUGAUUGUCCCGCAGGCUAUUCUGGCUUGUCCUGUGAGGCAUGCAUGCCAGGAUUUUAUCGACUGCGUUCCGAGCCAGGUGGCCGUACCCCUGGACCAGCCCUGGGCACCUGUGUUCCAUGUCAGUGUCAUGGACACAGCAGCAUGUGUGACCCUGAAACCUCCAUAUGCCAGAAUUGUCAACAUCACACUGCUGGUGACUUCUGUGAACGAUGUGUUCUUGGAUAUUAUGGCAUUGUCAAGGGAUUGCCAGAUGACUGUCAGCAAUGUGCUUGCCCUCUGAUUUCUUCCAGCAACAAUUUCAGCCCUUCUUGUGUCAUGGAAGGCCUGGAUGAUUACCGCUGCACAGCUUGCCCACGAGAAUACGAAGGCCAGUACUGCGAACGGUGUGCCCCUGGCUAUACCGGCAGCCCAAGCAGCCCCGGAGGCUCCUGCCAAGAAUGUGAGUGUGACCCCCAUGGCUCACUGCCUGUCCCCUGUGACCCUGUCACAGGGAUCUGCACAUGCCGACCCGGAGCCACAGGACAGAAGUGUGACGGCUGCAAACACUGGCAUGUGCGCGAGGGCAUGGAGUGUGUUUUUUGUGGAGAUGAAUGCACCGGCCUUCUUCUCGGUGACUUGGCCCGCCUGGAGCAGAUGGCCACGGGCAUCAACCUCACUGGCCCACUGCCCGCUCCUUAUAAAAUUCUGUACGGUCUUGAAAAUAGGACUCAGGAACUCAAGCAUUUGCUCUCACCUCAGCGGGCCCCAGAGAGGCUCAUUCAGUUGGCAGAAGGCAAUCUGAACACGCUGGUGACAGAAAUGAAUGAACUUCUGACCAGGGCUACCAAAGUGACAGCAGAUGGCGAGCAAACUGGGCAGGAUGCAGAGAGGACCAACACGAGAGCAGACUCCUUAGGAGAAUUCAUUAAGGACCUGGCCCAGCAUGCAGAAGCUGUAAGUGAAAAAGCUGUAAAACUAAAUGAAACUCUAGGAAUUCAAGACAAGGCCUUUGAGAGAAAUUUGCAAGAGCUUCAGAAUGAAGUUGAUAAGAUGAUGACAGAACUGAGGAGGAAAAAUCUAGACACACAAAAGGAAGUUGCUGAAGAUGAGUUGGUAGCUGCAGAAGGCCUUCUGAAGAAAGUGAAGAAGCUGUUUGGAGAAUCCCGAGGGAAAAAUGAAGAAAUGGAGAAGGCCCUCCGGGAGAAACUGGCAGACUACAAAAGCAAGGUUGAUGAUGCUUGGGACCUGUUGAGAGAAGCCACAGAUAAAAUUAGAGAAACUAAUCUCUUAUCUGCAGAAAACCAGAAAAACAUGACUGCUUUGGAGAAAAAGAAGGAGGCUAUUGAAAGUGGCAAACGACAAACUGAGGACACUUUAAAAGAAGGCACUGACAUACUUGAUGAAGCCAACCGUCUUGCAGAUGAAAUCAACUCAGUCAUAGACUAUGUUGAAGACAUUCAAACUAAAUUGCCACCCCUGUCUGAGGAUCUGAAAGAUAAAAUAGAUGACCUCUCCCAAGAAAUAAAGGACAGGAAGCUUGCUGAGAAGGUGUCCCAGGCUGAGAGCCAUGCAGCUCAGUUAAAUGAUUCAUCUGCUGUCCUUGAUAGAAUCCUUGAUGAGGCCAAAAACAUCUCCUUCAAUGCCACUGCAGCCUUCAAAGCUUACAGCAAUAUUAAGGACUAUAUUGAUGAAGCUGAGAAAAUUGCCAAAGAAGCCAAAGUUCUUGCACAUGAAGCCACAGAACUGGCAACAGGUCCUCAGGGUUCAUUACAGGAAGGUGCCAAAGGCUCUCUUCAGAAAAGCUUCGGGUUUCUUAAUGAAGCCAAGAAGUUAGCAAAUGAUGUAAAAGAAAAUGAUGACCAUCUGAAUGGCUUGACAACCAGAUUAGACAAUGCCAAUGUCAGAAACAGUGAUCUCCUGAGAGCUUUGAAUGACACUUUGGAAAAGUUAUCAGCCAUUCCAAAUGACACAGCCGCUAAACUGCAAGCUGUUAAGGACAAAGCAAGACAAGCCAACGACACAGCUAAAGAUGUACUGGCACAGAUUAAAGAUCUCCACCAGAAUCUUGAUGGCCUGAAGAAAAAUUACAAUCAACUGGCAGACAGUGUAGCCAAAACAAAUGCCGUGAUAAAAGAUCCUUCAAAGAACAAAAUCAUUGCAGAUGCAGAUGCCACUGUAAAAAAUCUAGAACAAGAAGCUGAUCGACUGAUAGAUAAACUCAAACCCAUCAAGGAACUUGAGGAUAACCUGAAGAAAAACAUCUCUGAGAUAAAAGAACUGAUAAACCAAGCCCGGAAGCAGGCCAAUUCUAUCAAAGUAUCUGUGUCUUCGGGAGGUGACUGCAUUCGAACAUACAAGCCAGAAAUCAAGAAAGGAAGCUACAAUAAUAUCAUUGUCAACGUAAAGACGGCUGUCGCCGACAACCUCCUUUUUUAUCUUGGAAGUGCCAAAUUUACUGACUUUCUGGCUAUAGAAAUGCGUAAAGGCAAAGUAAGCUUCCUCUGGGAUGUUGGAUCCGGAGUUGGACGUGUCGAGUAUCCAGAUUUGACUAUUGAUGACUCAUAUUGGUACCGUAUUGAGGCAUCAAGAACUGGGAGAAAUGGAACAAUUUCCGUGAGAGCUCUGGAUGGACCCAAAGCCAGCAUUAUGCCCAGUACAUACCAUUCAGCGUCACCUCCAGGGUACACUAUUCUAGAUGUGGACGCAAACGCAAUGCUGUUUGUUGGUGGCUUGACUGGGCAAUUGAAGAAGGCUGAUGCUGUACGUGUGAUUACAUUCACUGGCUGUAUGGGAGAAGCAUACUUUGACAGCAAACCUAUAGGGUUGUGGAAUUUCCGAGAAAUAGAAGGUGACUGCAAAGGAUGUACCGUCAGUCCACAGGUAGAAGAUAGUGAGGGGACUAUUCAGUUUGAUGGAGAAGGCUAUGCAUUAGUCAGCCGCCCCAUUCGUUGGUAUCCCAACAUCUCUACUGUCAUGUUCAAGUUCAGGACAUUUUCUUCAAAUGCUCUCCUGAUGUACCUUGCCACACGAGACCUGAAAGAUUUCAUGAGUGUAGAGCUCACUGAUGGGCACAUAAAAGUCAGCUAUGAUCUGGGUUCAGGAAUGGCUUCCGUUGUCAGCAAUCAAAACCAUAAUGAUGGGAAAUGGAAAUCAUUCACCUUGUCAAGAAUUCAAAAACAAGCCAACAUAUCAAUUGUAGAUAUAGAUACUAACCAGGAGGAGAACAUAGCAACUUCAUCUCCUGGAAACAACUUCGGUCUUGACUUGAAAGCAGAUGACAAAAUAUAUUUUGGUGGUCUGCCAACACUGAGAAAUUUGAGUAUGAAAGCAAGGCCGGAAGUAAAUUUGAAGAAAUAUUCUGGCUGCCUCAAAGAUAUUGAAAUUUCAAGAACUCCGUAUAAUAUACUUAGCAGCCCUGAUUAUGUUGGUGUUACCAAAGGAUGUUCACUGGAGAACGUUUACACAGUUAGCUUCCCGAAGCCUGGUUUUGUAGAGCUGUCCCCUGUGCCUAUUGAUGUAGGAACAGAAAUCAACCUGUCCUUCAGCACCAAGAAUGAGUCUGGUAUUAUUCUCUUGGGAAGUGGAGGGACACCAGCGCCACCUAGGAGAAAACGAAGGCAAACUGGACAGGCCUAUUAUGCGAUAUUCCUGAACAAGGGUCGUCUGGAAGUGCAUCUCUCCACAGGGGCACGAACAAUGAGGAAAAUUGCCGUCAAACCAGAGCCGAGUCUGUUUCACGACGGGAGAGAACAUUCUGUUCAUGUAGAGAGAGCUAGAGGCAUCUUUACUGUUCAAGUUGAUGAAGACAGAAGGCAUGUGCAAAAUCUGACAAUAGAACAGGCGAUAGAAGUUAAAAAGCUUUUCGUCGGGGGUGCUCCAACUGAAUUUCAACCUUCCCCACUCAGAAAUAUUCCUCCUUUUGAAGGCUGUAUAUGGAACCUUGUUAUAAACUCUGUCCCUAUGGACUUUGCACAGCCUGUAUCCUUCAAAAAUGCAGACAUCGGUCGCUGUGCCCAUCCGAAACCACCUGAGGAUGAAGAAGGAGCAGUUCCAGCUGAAACAGUUAUCCAGCCAGAGCCAGUUCCCACCCCAGCCGUACCUGCACCCACCCCAGUUCUGGCACAUGGUCCUUGUGCUGCAGAAUCGGAACCAGCUCUCCUGAUAGGGAGCAAACAGUUUGGACUUUCGAGAAACAGUCACAUUGCAAUGGCAUUUGAUGACGCCAAAGUUAAAAACCGUCUCACCAUUGAAUUUGAAGUGCGAACCGAAGCUGAAUCAGGCUUGCUCUUUUACAUGGCCCGGAUCAAUCAUGCUGAUUUUGCUACAGUUCAGCUGAGAAAUGGAUUGCCCUACUUCAGUUAUGACUUGGGAAGUGGUGACACCAACACCAUGAUCCCCACCAAAAUCAAUGAUGGCCAUUGGCACAAGAUUAAGAUUAUUCGAAUUAAGCAAGAAGGAAUUAUUUAUGUAGACGGUGCCUCCAACAGAACCAUCAGUCCCAAGAAAGCUGAUAUUCUGGAUGUUGUGGGAAUGCUGUAUAUUGGCGGGCUACCCAUUAACUACACUACCCGAAGAAUUGGUCCAGUGACCUACAGCAUUGAUGGCUGCAUUAGGAAUCUUCAGAUGGCAGAAGCCCCUGCUGAUCUUGAACAGCCAGCCUCCAGCUACCGUGUCGGGACGUGUUUUGCAAAUGCUCAGAAAGGAACAUAUUUUGAUGGAACAGGUUUUGCCAAAGCAGUUGAUGGGUUCAAAGUAGGAUUGGACCUUCUUGUAGAAUUUGAAUUCCGCACAACUAGAACCACUGGAGUUCUUCUGGGAAUCAGCAGCCAGAAAAUGGAUGGAAUGGGUAUUGAAAUGAUUGCUGAAAAGCUUAUGUUUCAUGUGGACAACGGUGCCGGCCGAUUCACUGCUGUCUAUGAUGCUGGGAUCCCAGGGUAUCUGUGUGAUGGACAGUGGCAUAAAGUCAUGGCCAACAAGGUCAAGCACCGAAUCGAGCUGACAGUAGAUGGGAACCAGGUGGAAGCCCAGAGCCCAAAUCUAGCAUCUACAUCCGCUGAUACAAAUGACCCCGUGUUUGUUGGAGGGUUCCCAGAGGGCCUCAACCAGUUUGGCCUGACAACCAACAUUCGUUUCCGAGGUUGCAUCCGAUCCCUAAGGCUCACCAAAGGCACGGGAAAGCCAUUGGAGGUGAAUUUUGCCAAGGCCCUGGAACUAAGGGGUGUUCAACCUGUAUCAUGCCCAGCCAACUAAUAAAAAUAAGUUCAACACCAAGAAGGUCCUCCAAAACAACCGUAUCAAGUAAAACAAAUGUAUUUUACUUAUGUAUGUUAUUAAAACUAAUUUGUGCAUGCAUAUUAAAUUCCUUCUAUAUUCUGAUGGUGCUAAUUCAGAUCCCAGACUGAAUUUUAAUUCAAGUUCUUUCUCAAGUCCAUAAAUAUUAAACCAUUUACUGCAUUCUAAAAAAUUGCUUGUUUUGCGUGAUUUUAAGGAUAAAAGGCAACUGAUCAUAAAUUGUUGAAUUUGCAACAUGCCCUGGAGUCAUCUCAAGAAGAGCUCAGAUGUAAUUUGUGAAGGCAACACUUUUCUUACUAACUCCUGUUAAUACUUCUGUCACUCUUUUUCCAUGUAUGUCAGCUUUGGCUUUCUGUCGUGGCCACUGAAAACACAGUGGGUUUGGGGUGUGUGAUGGGAGGAAAUGAGCUCCCUUUCCCCGUGUUUGCGAAAAGCAUUAGCAAAUCAUUUCCCUGAUCCAGAUUCAUUAUUGGAGGAUUUAACUAGCCACAUGAAUGGAUACCUUUUUAGGCUUAAGGUGGAAAGUAUAGAUCAGAUUCAGGCCAGAGAGCUUAAUUACUUGAUUUGCUUGUUUGAUGAUGAUUUAUAGGCUUUGGGGAGACACCAGAACCAAGCUCCAGAAUGACAAUUUAGCACACAUUUGAUACUACAGUAUUGAGGCUCUGGACUCUUUAAGUUUCCAGUGACUAUCACAAUUUACAGAGGAAAAUCACAGAGGAAUAAUGCUGAAAUGCAGUUUUUACCUAUCAGGAAACAACAAAGCUGAAAACGUAAAAGGCAUACACCAUUGGGUCUUUUUGAGUUGCAAUUUAACCUAACAAAUUAAUUUCCUAAAAACUUGCUGUGUUUUGUCCUUCUUUUACCCACUAUUUCAAUCAUCUUCAAAGGGAUCUGUGAGAAGACAGGCCUAGAUUUUAUUCAUCAGCUUAAGGAAACGUUUCAUUUGCCACCUUCAGUAGAAAUAGUUGUAGUCUAAUAAUGCUGAACAUUUAAAGGAAUAGAUUUUCCUCACAGUGGUAAUUUUAGCAAAAGAAGAAUAAUCAUCUCUGACAGUGUUAUCCACAGGGGAAAAGGAGGUGCUCUUUCUAAUCAAGGAGAUGGCUAACACACUCUUAGCAUUUCAUCACUGGCCAGUUGCUUGACCCAAUUUGUCCACACAACUUCAUUCUAGAGCAAGCAGUUCUUAGCCCUGGCUCCAUUUUGUAAUUACCAGGCAAGCUUUCAAAGAACUGGUGCCUGGUCCAGCGAUUCUGAUAGCCUAAGCAUGAAGAUUUUUAAAAAGCUUCCCAGGCAAUUCUGAAGUGCCAUCAGGAUUGAGACCCACUGUUCUAAAGAGAAAAGUUAUCCACUAUGGCAACAAAGAGUUAUGGAGUCGUCAUUUGAAAAAUCUGCUCUUAACUUUGUCUUGGCCAUUUUCACACACAGAAAAAAAUAAUAUAAUAUUGUAUCUAGUUAAUGC